AGAAUUAAUUCACAGAUAUUGGUGUCGGCUCAACCCUCCUUUCCCACCCAUUAACCCUUAUAAAUGUAUAUACCAUCUUUCUUUCAACAAAAUUUGGUUUUUAUUUAUUAGAAAAAAUGGGUGGAGGAAUUAUUGGUUUAGUUUUGGGUUUAAUUGCGGUGGUUUUUGUUCACCAAGCCACCGCUCAGACGGUUCGUGUUGUCGGAGACUCCACCGGUUGGACGGUUCCGAUGAACGGCGCUGCUUUCUAUUCCGAGUGGGCUUCUAAAUUCAACUUCGCUAUUGGCGAUUAUCUAACGUUUAACUUUGGGACGAACAUGCACAGUGUGCAAAAAGUACCAAAAGAGGCGUUCGAGGUAUGCGAUGGACACAAUACCACCCAUUAUGUCAUCACUACAGGUCCUACAACAUUGAAGCUCGACACUGCCGGCAUGCAUUACUUCAUUUGUACCGUUGGCAAUCACUGUUUUGAAGGUCAAAAGUUAGCUGUCAACGUCACAGUUACCGUAGUCCCUCCAACCGAUAAUGCAAUGUCACCUUCUUCAAACGCUGCUCAGCCACCGCCUACAAGAACUCCUCCUGCUUCCCAUGGCGAUGCAUGCUCUUCAACUCCUGCUAAUUCAUUGUCUUCCUCACCACCUAUUUGUGAUGGAUCCUCAUCCGCUUUAACGCCUUCCUCCUCUACCUUACUGAUGGCAACCCUUUAUGUUACUUUGUAUGCCUUCGUGUUAUGAACUCUUGUUUUAUAGAUAGUGUGGAUUUGCAUUGGACCUUGUUUUACUUGCUUCUUAGAUUAAUGAUUGCAUGUUUGGGAAUUACUUUUGAAAUUGCCAUAUAAUGAAUUCCUUGGCAUCAUUUUCGUUUUA